AUGUCGUCCGGCAGCACCCCCGAGUACGCCUCCUUCUUCGCCGUCAUGGGCGCCUCGGCCGCCAUGGUCUUCAGCGCCUUGGGAGCCGCUUAUGGAACCGCAAAGAGCGGCACGGGAAUUGCAGCCAUGUCUGUCAUGAGGCCUGAGCUCAUCAUGAAGUCAAUUAUUCCUGUCGUCAUGGCGGGUAUUAUAGCUAUCUAUGGUCUCGUAGUGGCGGUCCUCAUUGCCAAUGCUCUUUCACCUUCCAUCACACUAUUCAAGAGCUUUCUUCAGCUGGGUGCUGGCUUGAGUGUGGGCCUCAGUGGUCUGGCUGCUGGCUUUGCCAUUGGCAUCGUGGGUGAUGCAGGUGUACGGGGAACAGCACAGCAGCCCAGGUUAUUUGUGGGCAUGAUCCUCAUUUUGAUCUUCGCUGAAGUCUUGGGUCUCUACGGCCUCAUUGUUGCCCUUAUCCUCUCCACAAAGUAAAUGUUGCAGUAUGAUGUAAAGAGAUGUAACAAAUCAACAUUUAAAGCUCCAGAAUGAAAAUGGUUUCUCCAAUGUGUACAGUUGUCCCAAUUUGGUAGUUGAUCUCUUGUAAAUGCGCAAUGUACGUUAGUGACUCGUCUGUCCUGUGUGUAUUUCAAUAUUAAAUUGGAUGGGCUGCUCCAAGCCUACUGCAUGGCUUGGGGUGGCCUGUGUGCAAUUUUCCACCCAUUGCUGUUAGUACUUUAUGUAUAAAUAUGAACUAGAAAUGUAAUUUUUCUCUUCACUGGAUGUUUAUUUAUAAAAGACUUGACAUGUUCAUACAUCUAUGGAGCAAGGAUUUUCAAUUUCCCAUGCUAUAUAUAUUAAUCUUAUAUAUAGGUAGAUUACACUGUGGGGUCAAUUGUAAGUGCAGAGAAUUCCUUGGAUGUAACUUUGAUUCUAAAGAUUGCUGUAGUGUCCUGGUAUUGGAGUAUGAGAAUUUCGUGUUUUAUUACAGCAAUUGUCCGAAACACUCCCGUGUUUCAGUAGUAACUGCGUAUGCUCUGGCAUCAGAGUUGUGCACCCAGUGUUGGGUUACAGACUUAUACCAUGUUUCCAAAUAAAACUUCCUCACUACAUUGCUGUAAUGGCUCCUCUGCCUCUGAUUUAAUGCUUUAGCUGCUCCUUUAGGAAGAGGAGGGAUUCCCUGAAGGGGGAGGCAGGUUCUCCGAAGUGACUGAGCACUGCACAAAAGUCACGUCAUCAACUGCUAAAGCAUUCCCUCUUUCUUCAAUGACUGCUGCUUCCAACUGCUGCACAAGGGAGCACUUGAGAGCAGGAAUACAAGGCUGUUGCAGUGCUAUCAGUGCUUGGCCCCUGCAUGACUGGUACAUUUUGCUACGUGUUGUACAGUACUGCUGUGUAGCUGACUGCAGCAUGAGCUGACCAGGCCCAGCCAUGGCGCAAGGGUGCUGGCUCCAGCAUGUGACAAGGAACAGGAGCUGCCAAGGAGCUCCUAGGCAGCUUGUCCUUCUGAUUGCACUGCAGAAACUUGGCUGGAUGGAAAGCUGCGCUGUUAGUAGCAAUUGCUGCUGGAGUACCUGAACAAUAGUCUCAUCAGCAAAAUGGGUUCAUUCAAGAACUCAUAUUUUUAACUUACAAAUCAGGAGCAUUCAAGCUGAGAAGUUCUGUUGCAGCUAGCAAAUACUGAAGCAAUCUCCUCUUGUCUUGAGGAUAUCUGAAUGUCACAGAGCAACUCGGGAGCUCAUACAGGAGAUGUGUUGGACCCUUAACGAUGGUAGUAACUUAUUCCAAGUUGCAUUUGGGAAGUAUGUCACCUUAAUUUUACUUGCAUAGCUUGGAGAACAGAGGAAGCUUUUCUUGGUUCAAGCCAAAAUGUUAUUAAAGUUAGGUCCUUUGAAAUACUGUGAUAAUCAAUGAUCUGCCUGGGCAGCGCUGCACCUCGUGUAUAUGUGUGUAGGAAGCAGGUCUGAAGUAAUGCAGAGCUGUGUCCAGGUGUUAGGGCUCCGGGAGUUACCUUGGGUAGUACAAAUACAGCUUCUAACCUGGUGGUACGUCAUGCACCUUCAGAGUAGCUUGUCUCCAACCUAGGGACCACUUGGUAAUAUUGCUGGUUAUCACCAAUUAUUAAUUAACUGGUUUGUUUUCUAAAAGGCCGGUCUGAAUACAUGUAACCGGGCUGUCAGCUGCUUGGCUUGGGGCUAGGGUGUGCUACUGCUUUUAUGCUCAAAGCGGCUUUAGGCUUUACAUCGUGACGCUCCCAGCAGUGGUACCGGUAGUGCUUUGGGGUGGGGGGCAGGGUGCAGAGAUGGGUUGGUUUGUGGAAAAUCCUGGAUGUCAGAAGCAUUGGAUGGGAAGGGGAGAAUUUCCUUAAGGUUCCUUGAUCUGAAUAACAUCACUCUUUCCUGAGCAAAAAGAGUAGACUAUAAACCCUUACCCAGGCAUUCUAAACGUUUGUGGAAACUGUAGCACAAUUAAUUCUCUUUGCAGUGAGUGUCUUCCUGCUACUUCUGCAAAAAGUUGUGGCUGAGCUUGCAGCUGGGAGGGCUGAAUGAUGGAUUCAGGCUCUCUGGAAAGCAUGCCACAUGCGCUUCUGUCUUGCAGCUCUGGUCAGAGGAGUUGCAUUGUGAUUGUGUAGCAGGAGGGGAGAUGUGCCUGGCUGGGGUGCGGUUGUUUGAGAUCUUUAAUCUUCUGUAGGCAGGACUAGCUGCCAGCCUUGUUUUUAGCCAGAUUAGGAGAAUAUGAGCAAAUAUAUUUGAGAACAACUACACAGGGGUGGUUCUCACCUCUGGGGGGGG